AUGGUGGUGAGUUUUCGAGACGCCGACGCGUCGACGACGCGCGCGUUCAAGCGCGCGAAGCGCGCGCUGGAGCAAUGCGCGACGGCGAGCUCGUCCGCGCGCGCGUUCGUGAGCCCGGGCGAACGCAUCCCAGGGAUCGAUUCGUCUGAAGGUUUCUUGCGAGGACACGGCACGCGACCGAUCGCAGAGGACAAUGGAACCGACGGUGACGGCGACGAUGAUCGUGGGUUAGUGGCCACGACCGCGGGCGUGGUUGAACGCGUGAAUAAACUCGUCUCAGUGCGAGCGUUGAAAGCGCGCUAUGCGCCAGAAACGGGUGACGUCGUGCUUGGGCGCGUGAAAGAGAUAUCUGGUAAGCGUUGGAUUUUAGACGUGAACGCGCGACAGAAUGGGGUAUUGCAGCUCAGUGCGGUGCAUUUGCCCGGGAACGUGCAGAGACGACGGAACGAUGUGGAUGAGUUGAACAUGCGCAUGCUGUACGCCGAAGACGACGUCGUGAGCGCCGAAGUGCAGAGCGUGUACGCCGAUGGCGCCGCCGCGCUGCACACGCGAAGCUUGAAGUACGGUUGCUUGAAGAAUGGUCAGCUCGUGCGAGUGACUGCGAAUUUAGUGCGCCGAUUGCCUCAGCAUUUUCACAGGCUUAAGAUGGACGAGUUUCACGACGGCGUCGCCGCUGAAGCGAACGACGUGGAAAUCUUACUCGGGUGCAACGGUUUCAUUUGGGUUGGUGCGCCGAGCGGCGCCACCGCACCGCGCGAGUCGGAGAUUCGCCGCGAGCCGAGUGAUGUCGUGGACGAGCUGCGCGAGCUUCACGGCGAUGAAGUGUCUCCGGUUCAACGCGAAAAUAUAUCCCGCGUGGCAAAUUCAGUGCGCGCGCUCGCCGAGCUGUUCCUUCCCAUCUCGCCGCCGGCGGUCAUGGAUGUUUUUAAAGCGUCGAGCGAGUGUGGGGUGGCGGUGAGGGAUAUGCUGAGCCAAGGAUUCUUAACUCGUAUCCUCGAGCGAGAAUUCGAAAAGCGCGUCGCCGACUGA